AUGAAAACCCAAGUCUACAACAAUUGUCCACAAAGCAUACUAUCCCUUUCCAAACCCGUCCACUCGAUGUGGGUGCAAGAUCUUCAACUAGAUCUUCUCAUCUGCGCUCCGUACAAAUCUGCCUCAAGUGCUGUUCGUUUCUGGUGGUGGAGGCACUAUCAUAUGCAUCAAAAUCCACACGACUUCUGGACAAAAGCGGAGGAUCAUGAUUGGGGACAGACGAGAAAUGCUCUUCUUCAGCGGUUCAACAGUGGAAAGCCCGCGUUGAGACUGCUGAACUCACCAUCAACAACUCGAAUUGUUGUUGCUAGGCACCCGAUAAUACGAUUCUGGAGCGCGUGGAAUCAAAAAUUCCUCAAAGUUAUGUUUAUUGAGCUUGUCUACAGAGUCGUUGGUGUUAUUACCACGCUCUCUGUAGCGAUGAGGGAUGAGAGACACUUUGCGAGAGUGAUUGAAAACAUUAUUGGAUCAGCAGGCUCUCUUUUUAAAAAUGCUCUCUCUCGCAACUCUCAACAGCCACAGAAGAUAAAAGACGAAGAGAAAAAGAAGGAGUACCACGAGGAAGAGCCCGAGGAGGAAUACAACGAUACGGACUCGGCUGGAGAUUUGGACGGGGAGGAAAUUCUCGGCUCGGACGAUGACGAGCAAGAGAAUCCAAAGGACUACAAGAAGGGCGGUUAUCACCCCGUCAAAGUUGGUGAUCUUUACAACAACCGCUACCAUGUGAUUCGAAAGCUUGGCUGGGGCCACUUCUCCACCGUCUGGCUCUGCUGGGAUCUAACUGAACGAAGGUUUGUCGCCCUCAAAGUCGUCAAAUCGGCAGAGCAUUAUACAGACACGGCUGUGGACGAAAUCAAGCUGUUGAAAUGCGUGCGCGAGGGCGACCCAGAAGAUCCCUUCAGAGAGAAGUGCGUCCAACUGCUCGAUGAUUUCAAAAUUCAUGGAGUCAAUGGAACACAUGUCGUCAUGGUCUUCGAAGUUCUAGGUCAUCAUCUCCUCAAGUGGAUCAUCAAGUCUGAUUACCGAGGACUCCCUGUUGGUUGCGUGAAAUCCAUCAUUCGACAAACUCUUGAAGGACUCAAGUACAUGCACGAGACUUGCAAGAUCAUCCACACAGACAUCAAGCCCGAGAACAUUCUCCUCUGUGUAAGUGACGAUUAUAUCCGAAGAAUCGCAGCAGACGCUCACGAUUGGCAGCAAAAUGGAAGUGCUCCGCCGGCCGGCAGCCAUGUUUCAACUGCUCCAACUGCACCGCCCAAGCCUCUGUCAAAGAAUGCGAAGAAAAAACUGAAACAGAAAGCGAAGAAGCAGGCGGCACUUUUGAAAAAGGUUGAGGAACAGAUGAUUGAGAAGGACAACGAGCUGCCCAACGGAGAGGAGCGUCUGAACGGGGAAGACGGCGACAAAAAGGAUGGAGCACCAGAUGAUAAGACGGUAGAAACUACGCCUAUCAGUAUCGAGAAGACUCCCGCAGAAACGCCUGUCUAUCAAAAUGGCGAUUUCAUGCGCCAAAGACACGAUACCGCGACUAGCAACGCUUCCGAAGAGUGGCGAAACAAGACCGCCAACGAUUUGCUCAUCGAUCUCCUUGAUCCUGCAAACGCGGACAAAUUCGUCGCUAAAAUCGCUGAUCUCGGAAACGCUUGCUGGACCAAUCGUCACUUUACAGAUGAUAUUCAAACGCGACAGUAUCGCUCGCUGGAAGUGCUUAUCGGGGCUGGCUACGAUUGCUCCGCAGAUAUUUGGUCUACGGCGUGCAUGGCCUUCGAAUUGCUGACUGGCGACUACCUCUUCGACCCUCACAGUGGCGACAACUGGAGCAGAGACGAGGAUCACAUUGCACUCAUCACCGAGCUCAUCGGCACCCUGCCCAAAAGAAUCGUUCUCAGCGGAAAGUACAGUCGAGAGUUCUUCAAAAAAGACGGAACCUUACGGCGAAUCAGCAAACUCAAGCCAUGGCCACUGAAGGAUGUCUUGGUCGAAAAAUAUGAAUGGGACGAGACUGAGGCCGAAGAGCUGGCUAGCUUUCUCCUGCCGAUGCUGAAGGCAGACUGCUCAAGACGAGCAACUGCCGCCGAAUGUUUAAUGCACCCUUGGCUCAAUCCUGACGCAGUCUAUGUUCCCGUGGAACAGCAAGACGAAGAAGUCGAGGAGCUCGCGUCAGAUGAAGAAGAUUACGGAGUAUCUGAUGACGAGGUCGUCGACGAUGUCGCUGAUCCCGCUGCCGAGCCAUCCGAUAUCACAAUUUAA